UGUUGUUUUGGUUGGGGUGGUAUUCAGUUAGUCAUGUCUGGUCGUGGUAAAGGUGGUAAGGGACUUGGAAAGGGAGGCGCUAAACGCCAUCGGAAGGUGCUUCGGGAUAACAUCCAAGGUAUUACGAAACCGGCUAUUCGUCGUUUGGCGCGCCGUGGCGGUGUCAAGCGUAUUUCUGGGUUGAUUUAUGAAGAGACCCGUGGCGUGUUGAAGGUGUUUUUGGAGAACGUGAUCCGUGAUGCUGUUACUUACACUGAGCAUGCUAAACGUAAGACGGUUACAGCCAUGGACGUGGUGUAUGCUCUGAAACGCCAAGGCCGCACUCUGUAUGGAUUUGGUGGUUAGAGUCUUUUUUCUCUGCGUAUCUAAUUAACAACGGCUCUUUUCAGAGCCACCCACGUUUUCACAGUCAGAGCUGUAUCAUAAUGAGCACCUUGGACGAGGGAAAAAUACUUUGUAUUAGAACUUCUGAUCUAGCAACAAGUUUGUCACUCUAUUAGAAAGACUGUAUAGCUGCACCUCUCUUUCAGCGCUCAUUUAUGUAGAGGUGCGGGGUUGAAUCAUGAACGUCUGAAAACAGCAAAUCAAACUACUCAAGGGAACACGCAGCAAACUCUUAACUGGGCUCCUACCGUUUGUGUUAAUUCAUAUUUUGUUUAGAAUAUCGAAGUAAUAGUUGUAAAGUAUUGAAGCU